UUGUUUGGUGUGCUUCCUCCCUAUGGGAAUUCUUGUUUGCAAAUCGGCAGGAAAUAGAGUUAUAAAAAGAAACUACUUUACCUUUAACCCACUGGCUGGGCUACAGUAGGUUGCCAUCCCUUAUGGCUAAAAGGCAGUUUGGAUGGCACUGUGGUGGGGCAUUAAUCGACUACAAGGAGAAAAUAUGAAGAAAAUUAAUAAAAGCCACCAAACUUAGUAAUUGUUUCAUGACCAAGCAACACUGAGUUUCUUUGCUAAAAAGAAAACAGGAACUGAGAGACGAUUGCGCUACACAUUUGCUUGUUUAACCGAGAAGGAAAAAACACUUCCUCUACAUUCUCUCUCUUUCUCUGAUGCUUUAGAGAUGGGUUCUUUCGGGACUGUGUGUUGUAGUUCUGUGGGUUCCUGUUUCUCUGCAGAAAAGGUCAGAUGUAUUUAGCUGCACCUACAAGACUGGUACAGAUUUGAUUAUAAUAGUUGGGUGCAUGGACAGAAGAGACAUUGGCAAAGUCAUCCUGUUCUUUGUAGCUAAUUCCUAGGGGUGCACAAGCCCAGGGUAGCUGGUCAGUGAUUAGAAGCACAUAUACUGCAGAGUGUGUGGAUUUAUACAGUUAGGGUACAACUUGCCAGAUGGUGAUACUACAAACUUAAAAUAAUUGCCUUUGUUUUAUUUUGAAAUGCAUUAAAUAGAAGGCUAUCUAUAAGUGGGAACCAUACCCCUGAGGAGCUGGAAGCCAAUUUGGUGGGUUAAGGAUCAAAUAUUUUAACCAACUUUCACAAGUGAAUAACCUUAGAUAGGAUCCUCUCCCAGAAACAGCUGACACUUAUAGAAGCAAAUUAUAUUUCUGGAUAAGUAGCAACACAUCCCAACAGAACCACGGGAUACAUUUGGACCAAAAACCUUCCACAUAAAUUAAACAAAAGGAAUGCUGAGCAUAGCAGCUGACUCUCUAAGCAAGCGGUACAAUGGGGACUAGCCAGGCUUCAUUUAGUGCAUGUCUCCAAAUGCUCAACCGGUUCUGUUUCCUAUCCAGCUGUGGUCUAUGGCGUAAGCCUAUUUUAAAGUUUACUACAAAUAUUUCAUCGUUUUGCCCUAGGAUGCCUUUUAUAAGGGGUCUGGCACUGGAGUGUACAAAAUAAUUGAGGGUGUAACAACCUAACCACUAGAGACUUUCUCUUGUUUAGUGCAGAUAAUGUGCUGACAUGAACUCUUCCACAUCUGAAGACUAUGCUGAAAACUAAGACAUUGUGCCUACUUUGAGUCAGUUCCAUAAAUGCCUUCAUCGAUUCAUAUAUGGAGCAUUCUGAGGCCGAGGCAGACAUGAUUCAUCAGAAGGUACGAGCAAUACUCAGAGGGCUUGAUGGCCAGCAUCCGGCACUACAUUCUAACCACGGAAUGCUCCGAUGGACGUUGCACAAAAGCCUGGACAGGAAUCCAGCCAGUGGUGUAAUUGUGGGAAUUCUAAUCAAGGAACUAGAAAAGGCUGAGAGCACUGACAACCUACAUUACAUCAUACCGCUGUUGCACACUCUGAUGUACGCCAUCACUAAGGCUGCGUAUAUCUCGGAUGAGCUGUAUGAGAGGGUAUACGUAUUCUGUAAGAAGAUCCUGACGCUUCCCAAACCCUACUGUACAAUCGGACUGGCUUAUGCCAACAGAUUACAGACGGAAAAGAAAGUCCCAGGUUUCUCUUACCAAAAAUUGGUUACUAUGGAGCAAAACCUUAAGCAGGAUGCACUCCAGCACCAGGACAAGGUUCUGCUGUUCCUGGACCCAAUUAUAAUUUCAGAGGCCGUGUGCAACACCCUCCUGUGUGAGACCCAGGCCACCCAGAUAUCACAGACACCAGUAAAUUGCAUGUCCUAUGUGAUCACCAACAGCAUUCAGGCUGCACUGGGGAAAGACUGCAACAUCCGGCUACUGCAGCAGGUGCUAAAGGACCAACCCCCAGAAGAGGUAGAGCUCUAGUUCCAGAAAGUGCUGUCGGCAGUGGAACACAGCGCAAGGGAGAAUGGGAUCGGCAGGCAGAAACACUGUCAGAAACUGCAAGAGAUAUAUGGAAAGAUGGUCGGCUCAUCGGAGGAAGAAGUGCCAGUUUCCAAACUGCAGGUGAUCCCUUUCCCCAGUCCGGACAUUAGGGUGCACCUGUGGACCGAUGAAGACCAGCUAUGGAAGGAGCUGGUCCUUCUAACCAAAGAGACACAGAACACUGACGGAGAGUUUAACUCCUUCCAGAUCCCAGAGCUUGCUGUGGAUGAGGAGAACACUAAGCAGAACCGGAUAUCUGUGUGGUCCAAUGACAGCGGGAUAGAGAGGGACAUGCCCAGGGCGGAAGAGAAAGAGUCAGCCAAGCUACAGAGGAAGCCAUGCAUCAAGAAGAAAGGUCCAGAUUUGGACUCUGCAGCGCUUCUUCAUAAUCUGACAAAGGCACCAAAGGGCAGUCGUAUCGGGACCCUUCAGAGGCUCUCAGGGCAGAGCACUGAGGUCCCAGCAGAGCCGGAGAAACUUCCCACCGCUCGGAUUAUUAUAUUAGGGGACGACAGGGUGCUUGGCAAGUUGGCUAAGGCCUAUUACUCCUAUAGGAAAAGAGAAGCAAGGAGGCCCCACCGGACACUGAAAGCCAACUUGCAGUUUUACUGUAUUCCAGUCCGCAGCGAAAUGACGGACAGCUCAUCUGACAAGGAGGACCCCCCUACUUUGAACAAGGCCUGUGAAAUAAGCACAUACCUAGGCCGUGUGGAUCCAUGGUAUGAGGGAAACAUCAACACUCUGUGCGACAUGAUCCCCAAGCUCUCGGUCAUGUCACCCUGUCCCACCAGUGAUUCCACGUCAGACCCUUUCAUCCUAGACGUGACAUCCUACUAUCUGAGGUUUGGAAUCCAGCCCGUCUACUUCCAGAUUUACAGAGUCAAGAUCUUCUUCAGAGACACCAGCCUAGAGCCAGGGGAAGAUGUGUUUCUCACAGAGCUGAAGGUAGAGCUGCAGGACUGUCCCAGUAGCAAAGGUAAGUAA